AUGGUGCUUGAUAAUUGUACAUCAUGCCACGCAACUAUUCUAGAAAAACUGGUGGUGCACUUUCAGUUGCAUGUAAAAGCGAGUCUUGAUGACAAAGUGCUUUUAAUAGCUGAUGGACAUAUCAGUCAUAAAGGUAUUGAAAGCUUAACAUUCGCAAAAGAGCAUGGAAUCAUUAUGGUGUGCUUGCCACCUCACUGCACGCACCGCAUGCAACCAUUAGAUGUAUCUUUCUAUGGUCCAUUGAAGACUUAUUUUAAUCAAGAAGUGAGCACUUGGUUAAAGAGCCAUCCGGGUAGAGUUGUUACUCACUUUCAAAUAGGCGCAAUACUCAACAAAGCUUAUGGCAAAGCAGCAACGGUUCAAACUGCCGUCAAUGGAUUUCAAAAAACUGGUCUCUGGCCUGUUGAUCCAUACAUAUUUCCAGAUUAUUUGUUUGAGCCUGCUGAGACGACAAACAUUCCCAUGCAACAAGAUCGGGUAGACCCCGAAUAA